GGCCGGCCGGUUACGCCAAAGAACCGGCCGCCGGUAGUAAGUAGUGUGUCUCCGCGGGUCUACGAAAUACGUGCGCCGCACAGGUGUUCGCGCUGCUACCACAAUAUUAUAAUAAUAUAUCAUAAUCGUACACGUACUGUUACUGUCCAUAUUACAAUAACCAUAUCGGUUUUCCGUACGAAAAUAAUUGCCGACAAAAUAAAAGGCGCUUCCGCAAAUAGUGCACGGGAAAUUUUUCGUCUCGUCGUGGUUUCGUUUUCCCGUCACCGCGAUUCCGCGGCACUGUUCCGAUUGUCAUAAGAUUCACUCGUCGCUGCGGUCAUCCGCGCUGUAUCCGUGCGGUUGUCGUGUCGCAGCCGCAGCCCACACACGCGCGCCAGUAAUGUGCGACCGGCGACUCGCGAAAAACCACUAGACGAAAAGCCGACGACACAUUGCACACGUGAUACGAGGAAUAUGAUCGUUUUCGCGGGCCGGAAAAACGUUUGAUCGACACGGCGGCACAGCAGUAUCAGCCGAAUUAGCGUUUAUCGUCGCUUAUACCUAUACCGCCGGAUACGAUCUCUCCGACGUCUUCGUGCUAUUCAUCGAGCUCGAAUCAGUGAUGCUAGAGAUGGGCGACAAGACUGCCGCCGCAUGGACCGCUUGGUGGAUCCUCACGUUUUCUUUGGCGCAGAGCGCUGUGAGCGUGGGCGGGGGUGGAGGUGGUGGCGGAGCCAGUGACAUUUGGCCAUUGGAGCGACCCGACGGCAUGCCGGUGAUCCAGUCGUUGGAGGUAAUGUGUGGCAAGGACCACAUGGACGUGCAUUUGCAGUUCACUCAUCCUUUCGAAGGCAUCGUGUCGUCCAAAGGCCAGUACGCUGACCCCCGGUGCGUGUACGUGCCGCCGUCCACUGGCAAGACGUUCUUCACUUUCCGCAUAGCGUACGCGCGGUGUGGCACCAAACCUGACCUCAACGGCCAGUUCUACGAGAACACUGUGGUCGUCCAGUACGACAAGGACCUACUGGAAGUGUGGGACGAGGCCAAGCGGUUGCGGUGCGAGUGGUACAAUGACUACGAGAAGACUGCGUCUAAACCACCUAUGGUCAUCGCCGACCUGGACGUUAUACAGUUGGACUUCAGAGGUGAUAACGUCGAUUGUUGGAUGGAAAUACAACACGGAAAAGGACCUUGGGCACCACCAGUUAGCGGUAUAGUGCCUUUGGGUUCUACGUUAACCUUAGUGGUAGCCAUCAAUGAUUAUAGAGGCGAGUUUGACAUGAGGGUGAAAUCUUGCGCCGCGUCCGACGGGGGUGGGCACGUCAUUCAGCUGACCGACGACCAGGGGUGCGUUUUAAGACCAAAAAUGAUUAGUGGGUUCCUGAAAGCUCGGACUUCCGACGAACGAGCGUCCGUCAUCACAUACGCGUUCUUCCACGCCUUCAAGUUCCCGGAUGCGCUCAGCGUGCAUAUCCGGUGCAAGGUGGAGAUAUGCAGGCACGGUUGCCUGGACCACUGUCAGACGGACGAACGUGCAUCGGCCGGACAUUUACUUCAACAACAGCAACAGCACCAGCUCCAAUAUGGACCGGUGGAUAGGAAAGACCAGCAGAACGAUCGGUUAGACUAUGUCCAAACAGUCGUGGUCAACACGGACCAACCGAGUGCUCAAGCGCAGAUGGCAGUGCACACUCCGUUCGAUACUUCCAGUCACAGUAACAAGCCUCAACCUGGUCAAAACAAGGAAACGUUGAACCGAGACGGUUUCCCGCACGGACCACGGAACCUGGACGACGGCGUAGUCGCGCCGUCGGAAGGUAGCGACGACGACGACAAGCAGCAGCCAACCGCGGCGCCGGCGUCCUCCAAUAAUGGGACAGCGGGCGAGCAGACGGCCUCGGGCUUCGCGCAGGUGCAGAGGCGCCGGCGGCGGCGUUCCGUGAACGUGUCGGACGCGGGCAACGCUGACGUGGGCGUCAGCGGGUUGUACGACGUCAUAUCGCAAUCGGACCUGGCGUUCACGCCGGACACCAAGACGGACAGCGAGGCGGUAACCAUAUUCCAGGGAAGGAUCCACGAGGACGUGGUGUAUGGCAUAUGCAUGCCGGUGCACGGUUUCGGCGCGCUGUUCGUCAUGUUCGCGGGUUCGGCGAUCGUGUCCGUCGUGGUGGCCGGGUUCCAGUUGCACAAGUACCAGGUGAGGCGGGAGACGCAAAAAAUGAUGUCCGUCCAGGCCCACCAGCACAACGUGGCCGCAGCCGCCGUGGCCGCCGGUGGGGGUUACAUACACAACUCGCUUGCCGGCAUCGUGGCGCUAAACAAACUGAUCGCGUCCAAAACGACCACCACCGCCCAAACCAGACGAAACAGCUAAUCGACUACUAUUAAUAAUAAUAAUAUUAUAUAAUAUUAUAUUAUACCGUCUAUUAUAAAUACACAUAAUUACUACUACGAUGACGAUCACGUUUUUCGUCCAUAAAUCACGAGAUCGUUGUCAUUAUUAUUAUUAUUAUUAUUAUUAUUAUUAUUAUUAUCAAUUAUCAAUUAUCAUCAUCAUCAUCAGUAUCGUUCUUGUGCGUUUAUAAACACUCAUCAAUGACCAUCUGGAUUUGUUGUAGUGGGGGGAGAUCCAUUUCACUCAAAAUAUAAUUAACACAUUUUUUUCUUUUUGCCGUCACCGAACUGAAAAGAUAAAUAUAUUUUUAUUGAUAUUUAUUCUGCAGUUUCUUUCCGAUACGAUUGUACUACUACACUUACAUAAUAUCACUAUAUUAUUAAAAAUUCCUAAGCCAUAAACGGAAGUAAUCGAACCACCAACAUUAAUUAUUUUAUUGUAAUCAAAGAAUUGUGAGUCACAUUCCAGAAAAGAAAUAUAAAUUAUUUUCAUUUUCAUUUUUUUUUAAAUUAAUACAUAUUAUUUUCUAUUUUUACUGUCAACCGGCGGAAAAUCCUUAAAAACGGCCCUGGAUAUUAGUGUAUAAGUAA